AUGUGUCAGAAUGUCCCAGUAAUUAGCGCCAGUCCCGAGACGCGUUUCACCCACACUAUGGGGGCUUUUUCAAUCGGUAUCCUCAUUGUCUUCAUGCUUUCUCUGUUAAUGCUCUGUAGGCACUGUGCACAGACAAUGUGUCAGAAUGUCCCAGUAAUUAGCUCCAGUCCCGAGACGCGUUUCACCCACACUAUGGGGGCUUUUUCAAUCGGUAUCCUCAUUGUCUUCAUGCUUUCUCUGUUAAUGCUCUGUAGGCACUGUGCACAGACAAUGUGUCAGAAUGUCCCAGUAAUUAGCGCCAGUCCCGAGACGCGUUUCACCCACACUAUGGGGGCUUUUUUAAUCGGUAUCCUCAUUGUCUUCAUGCUUUCUCUGUUAAUGCUCUGUAGGCACUGUGCACAGACAAUGUGUCAGAAUGUCCCAGUAAUUAGCUCCAGUCCCGAGACGCGUUUCACCCACACUAUGGGGGCUUUUUCAAUCGGUAUCCUCAUUGUCUUCAUGCUUUCUCUGUUAAUGCUCUGUAGGCACUGUGCACAGACAAUGUGUCAGAAUGUCCCAGUAAUUAGCGCCAGUCCCGAGACGCGUUUCACCCACACUAUGGGGGCUUUUUUAAUCGGUAUCCUCAUUGUCUUCAUGCUUUCUCUGUUAAUGCUCUGUAGGCACUGUGCACAGACAAUGUGUCAGAAUGUCCCAGUAAUUAGCUCCAGUCCCGAGACGCGUUUCACCCACACUAUGGGGGCUUUUUCAAUCGGUAUCCUCAUUGUCUUCAUGCUUUCUCUGUUAAUGCUCUGUAGGCACUGUGCACAGACAAUGUGUCAGAAUGUCCCGGCAGAACCUGUUCAGUGA